GUUUAAGUCAUCAUUCUCAUCCUAAUAAUUCGCGAUAUUGCGGAAUAUGAUAAUAUUCUAGACGGCACUUCUCCUUUUUCUCUGAUAGCAUACGCUGGUGCCCGCUAUGUCUGGAGCUCGACGAUAAGAUGAGCAAGUCCCAGAGUGCGUGCGACUUUGGUCGCCUCAGAUGUUGUUGUGCGCCUUCAGCCCACAUUUGAGUUUGUGAUACUGGUGAUGUUGUCAUGCAGAAGUUACAUCUUACCCUCUUUGUGAACAUACCACCUCUGUGUCCAGACUAGCUACACGGUGCUGUUUAUAGUGACCAUGGGCGCCUUACGAGGACAGGAGUAUGAGGCGAUCCAAAGACAAGUGCUAGAUAGGCUCAAAUUCUGGCCGUUCGCUCCCCAUCUGAAUUUUACUGUCAUUCCGGCGGAGAAGAGGCUGCUUGUGAGCAACCUGUUUGGUGUGGUGCGGGCUGUGUAUCUCAACCUUACGCCGGCAUGAACUAAUUGGGAGGUUGCAGGAUCGGCCAUCAUUCCUGAUUAGGUGGGAAGAAAAAAUUACAAGCUUACAUUUUGAAAUUGGGGAAAAUGCUCAUGGCCGGAUCGAAUCCGGCAGAAUUUACAUGGGAAUGAGAAGCUGUGAAGCUGGGGAUAGGACAGUGCCCCACGACUAGACCUACAGGAUUUCCACAUUGCCACAUGUGGAGUUGUAAAGUUAUCCUGUAAAAAGGCCGUGUCUGAAUUAACUAUCUAGCGAGGCUUUUGCCGAUCUAAAGUAGAAUAUGAACAUUAGCCCAAGUUGUUCUCUUUGGCACAGGAUGAAUAGCAGGGCUUAGGUAAU